AUGGCUGAACAACAACAGGAGGCGCAGCCUCUCUCCUCCAUGUUCCCUAAUCCGCCUCCCUUUUGGCAAGAGUUUACACCAGAUCGGAUAUCGCGUAUUGAAGAAUUAAAGACACCAUAUAUCGCCCAGCAUGGUGGAGAUCCCAUGACGGUUCGAGUACCCGAUGUUCCUGAAGAUCUCGUCAACUUGCAACCACCAGCUGAGCCGGCGGAUGGGCGCUGGCGCGUGUUUGGUGACCAGUACAUGCUUGAUGAUAAGCUCCCAACUUUGGAGGACCAGGGCAUCACAAAUCUCCCAUCAACAUCACAGUCCGAAUCCAAGGACGCCAAGCGAUUUGACCGCGCUUUUGAGCUUAAGCGGCUAGCCAAGUCUCUUCUCUUGAAUUUCCUCGAGCUUUCUGGCAUAUUAUCACAGAACCCGUCGCAUGCUGAAGCCAAGGUUCAAGACUUGCGCACUCUAUUCAUCAACUUUCAUCAUAUCUUGAAUGAGUACCGGCCACAUCAAGCACGAGAAUCUGUCAUCGCACUCAUGCAGGAACAUCUUGAUCGUACGCGCACUGAAACCAUGGCUAUUCGCACACAAGUGGACAAGGCUCGCCGAGUGCUCGAUGGCCUGGGAAGCUUGAGUGUGCCUGACGUGCCCAAGGCUUUGGGACAACAGACUGACGAGGAAGACUGGGAUGCGCUUGCGAAGCAGAGAGAAGCGGAUGUAUGGGCUGCGACAGAUGCUUUGUUUACUUGA